AUGGUCUUUUUCAUGCAGACCGGGUUCGCCCUGCUCGAGGUCGGCUCAGUCUCGAUUCGCAACACCAAAAACACGCUCUUCAAGAAUCUGCUCGACGUGUGCUGCAGCGCGAUCGCGUUUUUCUUUUUCGGCUUUGCCUUUCUGCACGGCAAGGAGGGCGAAUUCAUCGGCACGAGCGACUUUGCGCUCGGCACGAAGGUUUUCACAGAGAAUAACAUCGACGACACAAAUGCGCUCAACGACCAGGCUUACGAGUACUCCAAGUGGUUCUACUCCUUCGCCUUUGCGGCCACGAGCACCACCAUUGUCUCUGGUGCGGUCGCGGAGCGCUUCAAGUUCAAGGCAUACGCCAUGUACUCCAUGGUCAUCACCGCCUUGGUGUAUCCGGUGGUGGCGCACUGGUGCUGGUCCAGGAAAGGCUGGGCGUCGCCCCUGACAGCACCACACCAGCUGCUGUUGGGCGUGGGUGCGGUGGACUACGCGGGAUCGGGCGUUGUACACGUAACCGGAGGACUCGCGGCCCUCAUCGCCUGCGUGGCGGUCGGUCCUAGGGUGGGCAGGUACAACCGCAACAUCGUGAUGGAGAUGCCGAUGCAGUCACCCGUGUUCCAAACAAUCGGAACCCUAUUUAUGUGGUUCAGCUGGUACGGAUUCAACAGCGUGGCGACGAUGACGCUUUCGGGCGGAGCCACCGUUCUCGCCGCGAAGAGUGUCGUGACGACCACUCUGAGUGCUGCAACGGGUGGGGCGGCGGUCAUGCUCCUGGACCACCUGAUGCCCAAUCAGAAGAUGGAGCCGCGAAGGAUGAACAAUGGCGUGCUGUGCGGCCUCGUGUCCAUCUCAGGCUGCGCGGGAAUGAUCGACGUGUGGGUAAGUAUCAUAAUCGGUUUCGUGGCUGGGGCGGUGUACGUCGGGGCCUCCAAGAUGCUCGUCAUCUUCAGGGUGGACGAUGUGGUGGACGCCAUCCCCAUCCACCUCUUUGGAGGCAUCUGGGGAACGAUCGCGCCGGCACUCUUCGUGACCAAGGGUUCUUACCUGCUCAAGUACCCGGAUUUUCCGCGGGACGAGAUGUACGAGGGCAAGGAGUACAAGGCGCCUUGCGGGCUGUUCAUGGGUUGCGAUAACUCCGGGAACCUACUGGGAGCCAACCUGCUCUUGCUGCUCGCGCUCGUGCUGUGGGUCGGCCUCAUUUGCUCGCUGACAAUAUGGGCCAUCCAGUCGUCUAUGCACACGCUGAGGGUGAACCUCAACGACGAGAUGAAGGGUAUCGACGCGUCUCAACACGGUGGCAGGUCUUACACGGAGUUCCAGACCACCGUGUUCACGUUCAAGACGAGGGACGGCGCGCAGCACUCCAUGGAGAUGAGGGUUCGCGCGGGCGACGCGGCUAAGUUUGCGAUGGCCCUUAGCGAGGUGAUGGAGGGAUCCACGCAUAAUAGCAAUGACUCUGCUGGGCUUGCCAUGAACGGCUCAUCGAGGGCGGACAAAAACAUGGCGUAUGACUUCAAGGAAGUCAACGAGUCCAACAGGAGGGUCAGCGCUUCCUCGAGCGACGGCGGCGGCGGCAGCAGUCGAGACCAGAGCCCCAACCGACGCGGGGGGUCUCGCGGUCGGCAAUCCGCACCGGGAUAUGGAUACUGGGACAAUGUGCGCUAUCAUCACGAUGGGAUGACCGACAAAGAUGUAGCCAUCGCCAUACCGGAGUCCAAUGGCACCGAUGGUAGCAGAGGGUCGAGUGGAAUGAAGUCUGAACGGCUUUCCGCGGGGAGCGUCCUUGAUCCAUUUGGGGAUGCCCAGAGGGAAGAUGAAGCCGCGAGAUGACGGUUUUUGGGUCAACGGCGCACCUCAGAGAUGUGAAAGGGGAGGCGAUUCAUGCUUCGUAUUACGACGAGUACGGUUCCGUAUUAUUCUUACCUUUGAAGGUACCUUCGUAUCAGAUUGUAAUGUAUAUAAAUUUCUUUGGU